AUGCCGCAUCCUCCACACGACCAACUAGAUCUGCAAGACGUCUCAGAAGAGUCUCCCAACCCUGUGCCCCCCUCGUGGUCGAACACAAUGGACAAGCUGCACGACUUCAAGGACAAGCGAUCGUCAUCUGACUUGACAGGCAUCAUAGACGCUACCACCAAGGCUCUGCGUGCUGCGCUCUUUGAGAAUGAAGAGAUUAGAGCCAGGAAUGCAGAGCUCGAGGGCAGGCUGGCCGUGUGCGCUGGCGGAGCAGAUGCGGAGCAGAUAAAAGUAGAGGAGAUUGAGAGCGCUCUAUCAAAGGCGAGCAACGCGCUAGCAGCACGGAGAGAGGAGGUGUUGAAUCUCGAGGAGAAGCUCAAGCAGGUGGAGCAGAGCCGGGCUGAAUCGGUGGAGAGCGAGCUGCAGAUGCGAGCAGCGUUGAACGCCUACGUGAAGGAUCCCAACGACAGGAGCAUCGUGGAGCAGCUUCAAGACAGAAUCAACCAGCUAGCACUGGAGAAUAUUCAAGUCCGCGGCACGUGCCGGCACUUGGAGGAGGAGGUAGAGAGCACAAGGGAGGCGCUGGAGCAUGUCGCCAAGGAGAAGGAGGAGCUCAAGUUGAAGUUCAGCGAGAUCAGCGUCCUCGGUCCCGGAGCAGGCAACCCUUCAUCGUUGGCCCUCGGGGGGUUCGGGCUAGAGACCAUCCAGGAGUUGUCUUUGCCUGCUUCAGAGAGUACGACCCCAGACCGUAAAUCUCCCACACCCGAAGGGAGGGGAGAGCAGUAUUCGCACAUGGAGGCAGCGCUGUCUUCGUUGAGGAGUAGACUCGAACACGAAGAAAGGAAGAACGACGACCUGACCUUGGCGCUUGAGCAGUCGAAGAAAGAAAAUGAAGGUCUCCUGCAUGAGUGUGCGAUGCUGCGAGAAAGGGCGCAGUCCCUCGCGUCGGCCCACGAGGAGAUGAGGGAGAGGUUGGCUAUGAGCUCCGACAGCUUGACCGACAGCUUGAGGGAGAGCAAUCAGCUGCGCAGAGAGCUCGAGAUGGAGCGUCUGAAACUCUUGCAGAUGGAGUCGCAAAUUCGCCUGCUGAGCUCGGCUGUGAAGCAGGAGGGUCCAGUAGAUGCCCGCAUCAAGCAGGAGAGGGCGAUGAUGCACGAGGCUCUCGACAAGAUGCGGAACCAUCUCUCAGUAGCCCUGGACGCGCAGCGAAGAGACUCGGGGAGGGAGUUGCGAGCCCUGAGAGAAGAGCUGACGCAAGAUAUCCUCAAGAUGCAAAUCGCCAAAGAAAAAGCCGAGGCGAAGUUGGCUGAACUUCAGAAGCGAGGGAUGGAAGGCAACUUGCCGCAGAGCAUGACCAACGGCCACGACUCAACGGACGAGGAGGUGAAGCGGUUGAGAGAAGAGCUGCGCCACUCUCAGCAGCAGCAGCAGGCGUUGGCUGACUUCUGGUCCCUCGAGAAGCAGAGGUUCACUGCUAUGGAAGAGAAGAUGGCGAUGAUUCAGUCCAUGUACCCCAACGUCAUUGAGACUCUCGAGGCCAACUCGAGCUACCCCAUGCUCCGCAGAAGCACGGGAAUGUUCUCUCCCGACCUCAUCGCCUCCACCAUGGUUCAGGCUGAGAGGAACAAGUAA